AUGUCCAAGGAACUGUGGGAUGCAGUGCUCGGUAGAGCAGACGUCACGGCGACAAAGGAGCAGCAAGCGCAUGCGGCGAUCGUACUCAACUUGAAGGACUCCCAGCUGGUUCACUUCAUGAAUGCUACUAGUGCUCACAAAAUCUGGGCAGCACUCGAGGGAUUUUACCAAACUCAGGACAUGGCAAGCCAGCUACAGCUCAAGGAGAAGUUUGCUUCAUUCAAGUAUAUGGCAACGGACAUGAGCGCGCACUUGAUGGAGCUAGAGCAACUAGUGCUGCAGAUAAGAAGCGCGAACUUUGAACCAGAUGAAGAGGAUGUGUGCGCGACGAUGCUGCGCAGCCUGCCAGCGUCCAAUCUCGUAAGCAAUCUGAUCGCCGAGGAGGUGCGCAAGCAGGAAUCAUGCCGCAUUGAGAGCGAAACAGCGCUACACGUGGACAAGCAACACGAAAAGCGCCAGUUCGCCAGAAAGAGUGGCGGUCAGCGCAAAAAGGGAGCGAAUAUUCAGUGCUACAAUUGUGAAAAGCGCGGACACUACGCGCUGCUGGGCGAAGGCUAG